GUUUCGUGGCGGGCUUUUGACAGCGCGAGCGGCGAUACCAACCCACAUAACAGAUCAGACCACAUCUGACCGAGCAGCACAACGAAGAGUGUGUGUAUGUGUGCGUGCAUGCAUGCAUGGUGUCUCAUGAGCAAGCAAGAGCAGCCAAUGAAGUGUAAGGUGAAGUCGUCUAAAUUGUACAUCGGCGUUGUGUGAAAUCAGCAUUUUUUGCUUUCAUGUUUUGCCAUUACGAAAGGCUACUAGUACUGCUACUUUAGGCCAGUACCGUUUGGUAAGGUGCCCUAGCGAGCAGUUGGAGUUGAAUCGGCAGUAGGAUGGAUAAGAUUUUUAGCGGACUGAAGGGUUUUAUCAAGCUCAAUAAAGUCAACAUCGACAACCAUGUGUUUCGACUGCACUAUAAAGUGACUGUGGCUUUGUUGAUGGGCUUCUCGAUUCUCGUCACGUCGAGACAGUACAUCGGAGACCCCAUCGAUUGCAUCACGAAGGACGCGGUGCCAACAAAGGUUCUUGAUAGCUUCUGUUGGAUUCAUUCAACGUUUAGUAUAAAAAGCGCUUGGCAUAAGAAAGUCGGUGUGCAAGUACCGUACCCGGGCGUAGAUAAGUACACUCCUGGCGAGGAACGAGUUUACCAUGCCUACUAUCAGUGGGUAUGUUUCGUGCUGUUCUUUCAGGCUUGUCUGUUUUACAUACCGCGCUAUCUAUGGAAAGCCGCUGAAGGUCGCAGAGUUGAAAAUCUUAUACUGGACUUGAACAAUCCGAUCUUGAAUGACGAUAAACGCAAAAAGAGCAUUCAUAUUCUGUGCCAGUAUUUUAAGGACAAUCGCGGACACCAUCAGACGUACGUGUUCUACUUCUUCCUAUGUGAGUUCCUUAACUUCAUCAAUGUUGUUGGCCAGAUCUACUUGGUAGAUAGCUUCCUCGGUGGCGAGUUCUCAACGUACGGGUCGAAGGUGUUUCAGUUCACCGAAUGGGACCCAGCCGUCCGCUUUGAUCCGAUGGUCAAGGUGUUCCCCCGUCUGACCAAGUGUACGUUCCACAUGUAUGGUUCGUCAGGUGAUGUUCAGAAGCAUGAUGCGAUGUGCAUCCUGCCUAUUAACAUUAUCAACGAAAAGAUCUACGUGUUCAUGUGGUUCUGGUUCGUCGUGCUGGCUAUCGUGUCAGGCCUGACUAUCAUUUACCGUGCAGUGAUCGUGUUCAUUAGAGAAGCGCGCUACCACGUGCUGGCCACGAGCGCGCGAGGGACCCAAGUCGAGGCUCUCAAAUCGCUGAGCGAAACUUGGGACGUCGGUGACUGGUUCCUGCUCAGCUUGUUAUCGAAGAACCUCGACGCAGUCUCGUACGAUAGCUUCACGAGGCAGCUUCUGGAGCAGCACCAAGAGGCCCAGAAAGAGUUUACGAAGGAUAGCAAGGAAUGACUACUGCAAGCCACUGAAGACGUCACUUCUGAAGAGUCGUGUGCCAUGACCACUUACGAGUCGUCACUGUCUGGGUCGAGGAAGUCGUCGACGGCGUCUCUCAAUACUACUCGACCCUCAGCACCGGCUUUUUCUUCCUCCUCGGUCUGAACUAACUGACUCAACAUUUCUACUGCUAUUACUACUAGAUUUGCUGCUACUACUAUUAACAACUACAGCAGAAACAAAGGAAGCGCCACAGCUGUCGAAUAAUCUACAAAAAAAAUAAGCAGAGGUCAAACAAAUUCCUUCGACAAGCACAGUUACUACCUGCGUACAGUUCAAUCUGACUUGACACCUCUCUCAUGUGCCUGGCUCGUGUGUUGAAUCAUGACGGAUCAUAUUUACGCAAACCGUUCGGUAAACCGCCGUGUGUCAUCUAGAAAUUGGGGUCGCGUAACAUUCACUUCUAGCUAUAUGAACAGGCCUGAUGAAAAGGACCAAUCAAAACAUUCACACAAAUGAGCAUAUUUUUCUGCCGGGUGACAUUAUUGCGGCAAUAGACUAUGUGCUACAACGACUGCCGCGAUCGAUACGAUUCGAGCAAACAUUAACGCGAUUCCCCGACUUCCACGAAUAAAAGUAUCAGUACCAACAACGGUCAUCACGUGCGAUUCUAAAGUGACGCCGAUCGGCAAGCCGAGGCUGUGUGUAUAUGAGCCCGAACGUGAUUCAUACGUUAAUACAAUUAUCCAAGCUCACCAGUACGAAACAUAGCGUGAAGGGUGGCUUCUGUUAAUAUUUAGCUGGCUCAGACUAGAUCAACCGCAGCAUUGAAGGAUCACCUCAUCAAGGAACAAACAGCCCCAUUCUAUCAUCGAUUACCAUGUAAAAUUAGAAUGACGAAAAAGUACAAUUCCUAUUUUUGAUACUAGCAGAAGCAAAAAACAACUAUGCUUAUUAAGCGAUUAUUAAUGAUAAUGUUUAAAGUCUCGCGCUCGUGCGUAUGUGUAUUGAGAGAUGAUCCGUGCGUAUCUGUAGUUCUGUAUGUUUGUAUGGGAUAAGCAAGUGCUGAUAAUUGUGCGGGUUGUAUGUGAAGGUGAACGAUCAAUAUGGAUCAUCGUAUUGAGAUUUGAUACAUGACGAUAGGCAGACAUCAUUAGUUACAUAGAGCGAGAAAGGGGAGCGUGUGAGAGAGAGUGAAUACAUUGGUACACUAUUACGCUAACAUAAGCGGUUCUUAGGGCACCCUUUUUUGUUCUACUGUUUUGUCGAUCGAACUAAUAAUAUAUCAAUACUGCACUUGUAGAGAAAGUCGAUUACAAUUGUGCCCCUACUACUUGCCUACGUUGUUAAUCAGCACACUUUUACGUAUUUGUUAGAGUCUACUAAAUGACGUCGUGCAGUAAAUCAACGCCGUGAUGGCUUCUUCUCAUAGCGUCCGCUGCUGUUAGCCUACUUUGAGCUUAUUUCGACGCGCUGGUUCUUUGUUGAAGCGUUUGCUGGCUCUCGUUCUGCUUCCUUUUCUGCUUGUCUUUGUCCUUUCCCACAGAUUGACAUAGUUGUACGACGCAGCUUCGCGUGAGCUGCGCCUAGUUGGGCUUAGCUUGCACUGUACAAUAAUACACUUCCGCCCCAAUAUAUCUAUGGUCCGCUGCUGGCCGGCCUGCGGAGCUAGGUCGCUGAUCCAGUUGCUGUUGCUGCCUCUGCCGCCUUGUAGUCAGUCGUUGCUGCACUCGAUGGUGCCGAAUGUUAUCGACGGGCGACACGGUAAACGGUCUGACUAAAACCCAAUCCAAAAAUAGCUACGUCGGCCCCUUCCCCAAACAGUCGUCCAGCUGGCCCGACCCUAUGGCACAACCAAAAGCCAGCCGGUGCGAACCACUGCAAGCUACUGUGAACUAAAGGCUUGAAAAAGAGGUGCUCUUUUUUCGCGUUCAUCGGUAUAACUCUUGCGAGCCGGCCAUCUCCGAAAGCGUUUUUUUCUAAGGACGAAGCACAGAAAAGUAGUUCUCCUCCUUCCAUUCUCCUUGUUUCCCUUGACCUUGUUGGCUUAGGAUCCCUGUUUUUCAUACUUCGCUCUGGUCUAUUUAACGAUGAUCAGCGAAUUAAUCAGUCUUCAGUUGGCUCAGAAAUUAUACUUCAUCGAUAACCGAACCAAAUGUAUCUUUGGGGAAUAUAUAUAUAUAUAUAUAUGGUGUAGCUUGACAAAAACAGUAUACUUUUGCAAUCGUCUUAUACAGGUUCGGAUCGGCGUUUACCGUUUAUUUAACUUAUGAUUAAGUAAAAAUGGCCCUAGCGGCAUAAAACAAAUCACUUCCUUGGCAAGAAGGAGAUACUAAACUGAUGUUUAUAUAAAGUGACGAUUGACCCGACAAAAAGUCGUCACGUUCAAUGCGAUGAAUAUGUUCGAAAUCAAUUUUGGUAGAUGAAGAAGUUGGGGAUUCGGAAACUCACACCGUUUCUAAGCUACCUUAAUUUAAGAUUUGAUCUAACUUGAGAUGAACUCUAAUUAACAGCACAGAAGAGCUGGCAACAACGCAAUCUGUCCCUGGAUUCGUUCGCUGGCAGGAAGAUUAAGCUAGUACUAAAAUGGCACGGUACUAGUUAUUUGAGUAAUAACGGUAUUGCUAGUUGAAAAUUUACUGUUGAUGCAACGAUGAUAUGGGCUAGCAAAAAUAACUGGUAAUAUAACUUAUAUUUCCAACUGGUUUACCUGUGGGGGAUCAACCGGAACAAUCCAUCGAACAUCGUCCCGAAGGAGGCACGGCGCGUCAAACGUGAGGAAGCGAUAAAUAAGACAGGAUAACGAAUAUGUGCGUACAACUGACAUUGACAUUGAUAUCAAACUAGGACGAGAAAUACAAUCUUUGAUUGAAUCGAAGUCGUAGUUUAUAAAAUUCGACGGACCCCAUUAUAAAUAUAUUGCCAAAUGAAGCCAUAGUUUUGCGACGUCUCCAUUGCCGACCGAUGACCUGUCAUAGACGAAUUCGGACUUACCUGACUGACUCAUGUCGUCGGUGUAUUUGGACAAAAUCACAUUAAUCCGCCGCAUUUCUCAGACGGGUUACCAUCCAUACAACUGUUGUGACAUUAUAGUUAAUGUUGCAAAUGAAGGUGGUGGGCGUGUGUGUAUGUGUGUGUGUGUGUGUGUAAGCGUGUGUGUGCGUGUGUUUAGUUCUAAAAAAUGGACGAAAAGGCAUAGGGAAUCGAUGGCCUAUUUCAAAGCGAAAGAGUACGUUUUUGUGGGCAGAGUAGAUAAGCUGAGAUGAAUCGAUGUAGUUUGUAAAUACAGAAAAAAAAAGAGGAGAGAACAUUAAUUAAAAUGAAAUAAGGUGCACCAUAUGGAAAAGUGAUCGGUUGUAGAGUGACGGGGAUGAUGGUUCCAUUUUGGUAAAAAUAAGAAGUCGCGUUUUAACGUACGGUCAGUAAUUGACAUAGUUGUUCUAAAGAAAGACAAUAGAAUAAUAGACUGGAAAACGGGCAGAGAACGAGACCAAAAAAAAGGUGGAAAAGUAUUUUGUUACCUGUAAUAGGAUUUAAAGGUGAGAAAUAGAUAACGGAUUAUUAAGGGAUGUCUACAACCUUUGUACUGCUCGAACACGUAAUAGUAAACCAUAGUGAAGCUGACGAUAUAUCUAGGUGAUGAUGUUGAGCAAGGAAGUGAAUCAAUUAUAAUACAUAAUCAACUUAAAUACAACGACCUAACUUGAACAUAUCGCAAAAUUACUUCAAAAUAAAAAUAUAUUAUGUUGACUAUACGAUA